UUUUUUUCUGAUCUCGCAUCGAACGAUUAAUAAUAAUUAUUAAAUGUAUUAUUUCAGCGUUUUUCCUGCAGACAUGUACUAUUCAAGAAUUUGUAGGCUGAAUGAUAAAAUAAAUAAAUGAAUAAAAAAUAAAUAAAAGCGUCUUUGUUUUAAUUCCCUACCACAAUAAUGAAUAACAAUAAUAAUAGAGCUAUCUAUUCAUAUUCGCGACUCACUUGCGUGCAGUACCUACGUGUGAAAUCUUAACUCUCAUAUCAGCGAAAAUAUAAAAUGGCUGCUAGUUUGAAUGAAUUGAACAAAAUUGGGAAAUGUGAAACUAAACCGAAAUUAAAUCCCGAUGAGCUAAAGAUUGGUGAGAAAUACCCGAUUUGUGAUGUGAAAAAAGUUAAAGGAAAAUUUGGUGAUUGUGUCCUUGUGGAACUCGAAGAAGGUGUCAUAUUUUUACCAAAAAGGAUGGCAGAUAAUAUGUCCGAUGACUUGAUCGAAUCUAUCCAUGAGGACGUUCUUUGUUUGGCUUUGGUAUAUCAUGGCACCAAGGACACUGGAAAGAGCAACCCAGCGCAUCUCUACGAAAUCGUGCAGAUAUAAAACAGCUCGUAACAAUAUAAUUAUUAUCAAUUUAUAUUUAAUCAGCAUUAUUAGUGUUAGUACUUAGUGGUGUUUUUUUUUUCACAAUGGAAUCAGCUACAACAGAAGUAAUCGAGAAAAUGAUCGAUUCUGUUACCAAAAUGAUGCAACUGUGUAACAACAACGUCCAGAAAUUAGAAAAAGUGUUAAAAUUGAAUCGAAAAAAUCUACGAAUCGUGAAUGGUGUAUUGCGAAAUUCUGACUGUGUUGGGGAAAAAAGAAGAUUGGAAAAUUAUUUAGCACGUAUCAAAGGAUUAAAUUUACAUAUCGAAUCAAAAAUCGAGAAUGAAAAAAUUGGAUACGGUAAUAGUAAAAAGAGAAGAAACAGUAAGGUUCGCUGGAUAGAGGUAAAAUCAGCUUUCGUCGGUCGCGUGAGAACAGGAGCAGUUGUUAAUUUAGAUGAGAAUCUUGUUGAUAUUCGUCGAUUUUUUCACGACGCCAGCCCGUUAAUUUUUUCAAGAAUCACAAAUAUUCUCAAAAAGAUGACAGCGAUUAAACUAAAUUUCGAGAUGUCUUGUGAAUACAUAAUUCCAUCGACAGGAGAAGUGUCCCUGAAGUAUUUCAACACACCCAACACUAUGAUUUUAUUAUCGACCGACAUUCAGAAAUCUAUUGACGAUUUAGCUGGAAUUAUUCAAACCAAAAUGGAAGAAUUCGCAGAAUCUAAAUCUGGAUGGAGUCUACGGAAAAUAUGUCAGCUAAUGGUUGCGUUCAACAAGUACACUCCAAUAAACGGCCGAAUCUACAUACCGUUGCCAACAGAAUUGAAAAAGAAAGGAGGCAUUAUUAAUAUAAUGAAUACUGAUCGUCUUUGUUUUGUAUGGUCGGUACUUGCAAGUCUUUAUCCCUGUAAAGAUAGUAAUUAUGAACGUACUGAUGCCUAUCCGCAGAACUAUCACGAUAUAUUAAAUUUACGUGGUGUACAAAUGCCUGUUCAGUUAUCAAGUAUUCCUAAAUUUGAAGCUCAAAAUUCUAACAUAUCAAUUAACGUGUUCACGGUCAAUGACAAAACGCAUGAAAUUGAAGGUCCUAUAUAUCAUACAAAAAAUGUAAAAAACCAUCACAUAAAUUUAUUAUAUUUAAAAAAGACUCGAUCCAAACAUGGCCAUUAUUGUCUUAUUAGCGACUUAAGUAAAGUUUGUGGAAGAAAUAUUUCGGCUCAUAAAGCGAAAAUGUUCAUUUGCGAUAGAUGUUUAAAUCAUUUCUCCCUUAAAUCACAUUACGAGUCGCAUCAGCAGGAUUGUAAAUUAUUUUCUCCAGUUAAGAUUACUUUACCUGAUGAAUCUAGUGCUCAUUUAGAAUUUUCAAAUUACAAAGCGCUUCUUAAAAAAGGUUUUGUUAUUUAUGCAGAUUUUGAAUGUUUGUUAAUUAAAGGUAAUGAUCAUCCGAUGAAAUAUCGACAUAUACCUUACAGUGUAGCGUUCACGAGUGUCUGUUCUUUUGACAAUAGUUUAAAUACAUUCUUUAGUUAUAUUGCCAGUUCACCAAAUGAUCAAACACCGGCUUCUUGGUUCAUUGCAAAACUUCAGAAAGAAAUUAACAAAAUGACGCAAAUUCUACGCUCGCGAGAUUUGCCAAUGUUGCCCCUUUCGGACGAGGAAAAAUUAAAUUAUAAUUCGUCAAUGGAAUGUCCUAUCUGCGGUCGCGUUUAUUGCGAAACCAAUCCAAAAGUCCACCAUCAUGAUCAUCUUACAGGGAAAUAUAUAGCACCGUAUUGUCAAAAUUGUAAUUUACAGUGCAAAAAAGAUUAUAGUAUACCCGUUUUUUUACAUAAUCUUAGUGGGUAUGACGCUCAUCUUUUUAUUGAGGAAUUGGCUCGUAGUAAUUAUGUCAAUUUGGUACCAUUAAAUAUGGAAAAAUAUAUUGGAUUUUCGACUUAUUUCAAUCAAACUCGAGUUACAUUUUUAGAUUCAUACAGGUUUUUAUCUUCGUCCUUAGAUUCUCUUGUUAAAAAUCUAACUCCCGAUCAACUUUUAAUUACAAAGUCAUAUUUUUCUGAUGUAAAAAGUUUUCCAUUGUUAACACGAAAACAAGUGUUUUGUUACGAGUACUUAGAUUGUUGGGAUAAAUUAUCGAAAACGAAACUGCCUGAAAAACAUUAUUUUUAUAGUAGUCUGCACGAUGAACACAUAUCAGACGAAGAUUAUGCUCACGCUAAACUAAUAUGGGAUGAAUUUUCUAUUAAAAAUUUAAAAAUCUGA